CAUUCACAGAAGCUUCGAUGUGUUCGUAAACCAGGAUCCGACAUCUGUGAGCGGUGUUCCAGACUAAAGACGGCAUGCCGAUAUGGCCCUCGUGCGCCUCGUUCAUCCUUGAAGCCUCCGGAACAAAUCACGGACUGGCAGUCGCUUACAGUACUUGCAUCGACGCCAACACCGAACGUAGAUCCAGAUGCUAUGUACGGUGACAUGCUUGAUGAUGACUGGCUGUCUCCUUUUAGGGUAGAAACGAGUUUCGCCGAAGGAAGAGGGACAAUGUAUCCGGAUAGUUGCUAUUCGAAUGGAAGUGGACCUUCAAAACAGAGUAUACUAGAUAUGGAUUGGUCCACCAAUUACGGCGAUAUGAUGACUACGAACCAAAUGGCCGAUGCAAACCUCACGAAUGUCAACGAAGACACCAUGAUCUACGCAGGGAAUCGUCCCUCGCCUCGAAUAUCCAUAUCGGAUUCCAGAAUCGAGUAUCAAAACACGGAAGACUACCCGAAGACCUCUCCUACUUCCGCCGUUCACAAAUUAGCAGCCCUCAACGUCGCACUUUACGAAUGCGCCGCUCAGAUUCCAUCUGUCAGCAAAGAAGGCAUCAUAUCUGCCGGAGGAGAUCCCCGGAAAUCACAGAAAGCAACCGUGUUUGCUUUCGACGAACUAUUCCGGCUCACGACGGACUUUAUCGAGGUCGUAAAAGACCUCUCUGUCGAAGAGCCCACGGCAAACCCUCCUCUAUCGUCUACAGAUCUAACACAACCUUCCACCCAGCCAUCACUCCCGCUCGUCACAUACACCCACCCAUCCCUCAGCACCAACACAACCCCUCUCCCAAGUUCUUUACCCACCGCCCUCUUCGCCCACGUCGACGAACCCACCCUCCUCCUCCUCUCCUCUUCUCUCACCCGCCUAGCUACCAUUUACGCCUCCAUCUUCGAGAAAAUAUACCUCUGCCUCGAGCAUUCCGCCACACCAGUAAUAGGCCGCGACUGGGCGAUCAUCCUGCCUCGAAUUUCAGUUGGCUCGAUCGCGUCGCCGCCCGUGCGGGUGGAUAAUGACACGCCACUUGUGUCGAAAACGGAGAGUUCGUUGUAUAUGCUUGUUUUCACCAUGUUGGCGGGGCAGUUGUGGGGGCAAGUGGGGGAGGGGAUGGGGUUAGGGGAUGGUGCUAAGGAUGGGAGAGGGUUGAUGGACGUGAUGUGGGAUUCUGUGAGGGAGAGAGUGGAGGGGAUGGUGAGGAUGGUUGAAGAUACUAAAGGGUUAUUGCAGAGGUAUUCAGCAUAG